CCACUGUUGUCGAAAGCAUCAUUGAUCUCCGUUUCUUCCUUCAUUUCCAAUCUACACAAACCCUAACUCUGACCCUGACUCUACUUUCUGGAGUCGGGGUUUUCGUUUCCCCUAUCAAGCUUCGGUUAACGUUCUUCAAUCACCGGCCGAUUUUCCGUGUUGGGAGCGGUCUUAGAAGAUUAAAAUAAAGGAAUUUGCUAAAGAAAUGGCUCGAUUGGCGCGCAGUUGCAUCCAAUCGCUCCUAAAGUUGGUGAAUUCUGGCUUAGGGAUGGUGGGCAUCGCCAUGAUCAUCUACUCCCUUUGGAUGCUUAGAGUUUGGCUUCGCCAUCCUGAAUCCGCGGAAGCCUCCAUACCUUGGUUCAUUUACACGAUUCUUGGCCUUGGGGUUACUCUGUGCGUGAUCACGUGCGCAGGCCACAUUGCAGCCGAGACUGCUAGUGGUUGUUGCCUGUAUCUCUAUAUGGCUUUUGUCUUUCUGCUUUUUGUGAUGGAAGCUGCAGUCACUGCAGAUGUAUUCUUAAACCAUGACUGGCAGGAGGAUUUCCCAGACGACCCAACUGGAUAUUUUGAUCAAUUAAAGAAUUUUAUUAAGGAUAACUUUGACAUAUGCAAAUGGAUUGGCUUGGGAGUGGUGGCUUUACAGGGCAUAAGUAUGUUAUUGGCUAUGAUUCUGAAAGCUUUAGGUCCACAUCCAGAGAGAUACUAUGAAAGUGAUGAUGAUUAUUUACCAGAUAGGGUUCCCCUGCUGAAGAAUUAUGUUCCCCCACAACCUUAUGUUGUUAGCGACCCAGCAUAUGGAGUUAAAAGCGAUGCUUGGAAUAUAAGAAUCAAUAGCAAGGCAAGUAGGUGAAGAUGUUAUCUUUGUGAUGACAUUGAAAAGCAUUCAGACGAGCAGUGGGAAGAGGUUACUGCAUCUCAGAUAUCAGCUCUAGAAGUGUUUGGUUGUCAAAACAUUAUUUAUGAGCUUCAAUUGGUCGACCUGUUUCUCAUGAAUAUGUGCAUAUAUGUAAAUGCUUCAUGUAAUCUAUACUUGCAUUUAUGUUAGAUAUAUGGUACUGUAGAAGAUAACGAACUGGAGAUAUCAUAUAUCACAAGGAGAAAGAUGAUUAGAGCCUAGCCACUACUGGUUGCCAUUUACAUCUUUGCUUCGGUGAGCACAUUCUGCAAGUCAUUUACCAUUUUAAUUCAGUUUUCUAGUCGUCCAAGUUGGCAAAGUUGUGUCCUAUGCUAGUUGAAUCCCUUAUCAUCUCAUUGUGUGGCCUGAAUUAUCAAAUCAAGCUUAAAUCUUGAUACAUAGAUGUAAUCAUUAUCAAUUUUUCUCCA